AUGCAGGCCGUUCCUGGAUCGCCUGUGAGCAUCGACCCCAGAGCCACAAGUCUCCCCCCCCCAGGAAACGUACUCCUUGAUCUCCUCGCCGGUCUGGUGGCAGACGUAGGCGUUCCCCCCCUUGAUCAGCUGCACCGCCAGCUCGUGCAGGCGGUCAAAGUAGUCGGAGGAGUAGGUGACCCGGUGGGGCGUCCACCCCAUCCACGCGAUGAUCUCCUGGAUGUGGUCGAUAUACUCCCGCUUCUCCGCCUCGGGGUUGGUGUCGUCGAAGCGCAGGAAGCAGUCGCCGCCGCGCGGCGGCCAUGCCAAAGUCCACGAACAUGGCCUUGGCAUGCCCGAUGUGCAGGUAGCCAUUGGGCUCGGGAGGAAAGCGCGUGA